AUGGCUUUGAAUGUGGGUGGCUUAGUUGGUCUGAUUGUGUUUUAUCUAAUAACAUUGGGGACUGGCCUUUGGGCUUCUUGGAAAAGCAAAAGGGAGAAGAGACAGAACCCCAGCGAAGUGGCCAUCGUGGGUGGCAGAAACAUGAACUUCUGGGUUGGAUUGUUCACUGCAACUGCAACGUGGGUAGGAGGCGCUUAUAUCAACGGAACGGCUGAAAUUGUCUACCUUCCUUCAAGAGGACUAGUGUGGGUUCAGGCACCAGCAGGGUUUGCUUUGUCCCUUCUUAUUGGUGGGCUCUUCUUUGUUGAUCCAAUGAGAUCCAAGAAUUAUUUGACCAUGAUGGAUCCAAUCCAAGAAGCUUAUGGGAACAUGAUGGGAAGUCUCUUGUUUAUUCCAUCCUUAAUAGCGGACAUUUUCUGGUUUGCAGCUAUUCUUGCAUCCUUAGGUGCAACCAUGAAAGUUAUUUUGGAUAUCCAAGGGUACUUAGCCAUCAUUAUCUCUGCAUGCACCGUCGUUCUCUAUACUUUUCUGGGAGGUCUGUACUCGGUCGCAUAUACUGAUGUCAUACAGCUGGUCUUUAUAAUGGCUAGCCUGUGGAUUUGUAUCCCAUUUGCCAUGAUGAACUUUGCGACAGAAAGCAUUUCAAGUACCAUUACCCAUGAGAUAUUUCAAGCACCUUGGGUUGGAAAAAUAGAAGUGCAUGAUGUUGGAAGGUGGCUGGAUGACUUCUUAUAUUUGGUUCUUGGGAGCAUUCCCUGGCAAACCUAUUUCCAGCGAAUGCUCUCAGCUUCUUCCUCAAAACAAGCCAGGCUCAUUUCGUACCUCUCUGGAAUGGGGUGCUGCAUGCUGGCGAUCCCCUCUGUGCUCAUCGGAGCAGUUGCUGCCUCCACAGAUUGGAAUCAGACUGACUAUGGCCUUCCAACACCCAAUGACAGAGGCGACUCAGCUCUCAUACUUCCUUUAGUUCUCCAAUAUCUCUGCCCAACAUAUGUUUCCAUUGGCGGCUUGGGGGCCAUCGCGGCUGCAGUGAUGUCUUCUGGGGAUUCCGCCCUGCUCUCCGCAAGUUCCAUGUUUGCUCACAACAUUUAUAGGAAAAUUCUGAGGAAAAAGGCAACAGAGAAAGAUGUAUUAUGGACAAUGAGAGCUUCCAUAGUUGUCUUUGGGUCAUUGGCUGCAGCCUUGGCAUUUUAUUCCCAUUCUGUUUAUGACCUCUGGUUCCUUGGAGGGGAGCUUGUGUAUGCCCUCCUGUUCCCUCAGUUGUGCUGCGUCCUGUUUAUUCCUAACACGAACGCUUAUGGCUCAGCCGCUGGGUUCUUCUUUGGAUUUCUGCUGCGACUGCUGGCAGGGGAGCCCUCUCUGAAGAUCCCGCCGCUGAUCUGUUACCCGGGAUGUUCUCUUGUGGAUGGGGCCUAUGUUCAGCGGUUCCCCUUUAAGACGGUCACGAUGUUGCUCACUCUAUUGACCAUCAUUUCUGUUUCAUAUCUGGCAGCCUUUGUGUUUAGGAGAAACCUUCUUCCUCGUGAAUGGGACUUUUGUAAGUUAAUAAAGGAAGACCCUGUGCUUAUUUCCUUACCCCUGAAAGAAAAAGAGAUGGAGGGGCAAAAAGACGAAGAUGAUGAGAUAAUGGGGGGAGGAAAAUAG